AUGGCUCGUUUUAUGGAAGAUAAUGACAGUGACGGUGAAACACCCGAAGUUGAUUUGACACUGCAUAUACAGCCAUACAUGUUUGAACCUUUGGGUAAAGAUCGUUCUACUAAUACAUGUAAUAGUUUGUCAGAAAGUGAUCAUCAUGAAUCGCACUCGGAAUCGGGAAGGGAAUCGCCGACAAGCUCUGAAGACGUCACUAGGGAACCUGUCGAGAGUUGGUGUAAUUGUGGAAACUGUGUGGAAAUGCCUACUAGCAGGGAAAACAAAUGCUGCCGAAACACCAACAUAGUAAAUGGAAAGGUCGAUGAGAAAUCUCUCCAAUGUAUUACUGAGCAUGAAGGUUUCAUCGUAAAUUGUUUAAAUCAUUAUGUGUUGGAGACUUCUUACUAUGAAUACAUACAGGAUAAUGGCAGACAAAAUGAAAGAGAACCCAUCCAUGAACUUUACAGACAUUUUGCCUACAGAAGAUUUGUUCGGUGGGUUUAUCAUAUUCUUGGGAAGAAGAAUAGACGUAUUCUACCAUCUUGUGUUGUCAGCAAAAUCAGACAGACUUUUCCUUCCCAAACCUAUUGUGGUUUUAAAUAUCCAGAAUAA